AUGGAGAAGUACGAAAGGAUCCGUGUGGUGGGAAGAGGUGCAUUCGGGAUUGUGCACCUGUGCCUGCGCAAGGCUGACCAGAAGCUGGUAAUCAUCAAGCAGAUCCCAGUAGAGCAGAUGACCAAGGAAGAGCGGCAGGCGGCCCAGAAUGAGUGCCAGGUCCUCAAGCUGCUCAACCACCCCAAUGUCAUUGAGUACUAUGAGAACUUCCUGGAGGACAAGGCCCUCAUGAUCGCCAUGGAAUAUGCACCAGGUGGUACCCUGGCUGAGUUCAUCCAAAAGCGCUGCAAUUCCCUGCUGGAGGAGGAAACCAUCCUGCACUUUUUUGUGCAGAUCCUGCUUGCGCUACACCAUGUGCACACCCACCUCAUCCUGCACCGGGAUCUCAAGACCCAGAACAUUCUCCUGGACAAGCACCGCAUGGUGGUGAAGAUUGGUGACUUUGGCAUCUCCAAGAUCCUUAGCAGCAAGAGCAAGGCCUACACGGUGGUGGGUACGCCAUGCUACAUCUCCCCUGAGCUGUGUGAGGGCAAACCCUACAAUCAGAAGAGCGACAUCUGGGCCCUGGGCUGUGUCCUCUAUGAGCUGGCCAGCCUCAAGAGGGCCUUUGAGGCUGCGAACCUGCCAGCACUGGUGCUGAAGAUCAUGAGUGGCACCUUUGCACCCAUCUCUGACCGAUACAGCCCUGAGUUGCGCCAGCUUGUCCUAAGUCUGCUCAGCCUGGAGCCCUCACAGCGGCCACCGCUCAGCCACAUCAUGGCGCAGCCCCUCUGCAUCCGUGCCCUCCUCAACCUCCACACUGACGUGGGCAGCGUCCGCAUGCAGAGGGCUGAGAAGUCCUUGACCCCAGGACCACCCAUGGCCCCUGGCAGUGCAGGGGGUAGGACCACCAGUGCCCGCUGCAGGGGCGUCCCCAGGGGGCCUAUGCGGCCCACCAUCCCCCCACCUCUGUCUUCUGUCUAUGCGUGGGGCAGUGGGCUCAGCGCCCCACUGCGGCUACCGAUGCUCAACACAGAGGUAGUCCAAGUGGCCACGGGGCGCACGCAGAAGGCAGGCGUCACACGUUCCGGGCGCCUCAUCCUGUGGGAGGCCCCGCCCCUAGGUGCUGGUGGGGGCGUCCUCCUCCCAGGGGCAAUGGAGCAGCAGCAGCCCCAGUUCAUCUCACGUUUCUUGGAGGGCCAGUCGGGCGUGACCAUCAAGCACGUGGCCUGCGGGGACCUCUUCACUGCCUGCCUAACUGACCGAGGCAUCAUCAUGACAUUUGGCAGUGGCAGCAACGGGUGCCUAGGCCAUGGCAGCCUCACUGACAUCAGCCAGCCCACCAUUGUGGAAGCCCUGCUGGGCUAUGAGAUGGUGCAGGUGGCCUGUGGGGCAUCUCACGUGCUGGCCCUGUCCACUGAGCGAGAACUCUUUGCCUGGGGCCGUGGAGAUGGUGGCCGGCUGGGACUAGGUACCAGGGAGUCCCACAGCUGCCCUCAGCAGGUACCAAUGCCCCCCGGACAAGAAGCCCAACAGAUUGUAUGUGGCAUAGACUCCUCCAUGGUCCUCACUGUGCCUGGCCGAGCCCUGGCUUGUGGGAGCAAUAGGUUCAACAAGCUGGGCCUGGACCACCUUUCCCUGGGGGAGGAGCCUGCCCCCCACCAGCAAGUGGAGGAAGCCCUGAGCUUCAUACCACUAGGCUCUGCACCUCUGGACCUGGAACCCCUGCUGAGCGUAGACCUGGGCACUGCUCACUCCGCUGCUGUGACUGCCUCAGGUGACUGCUAUACUUUUGGUAGCAAUCAGCAUGGACAAUUGGGUACCAGUGCUCACCGGAGCAGCAGGGCACCCUGUCAGGUCCAAGGCCUCCAGGACAUCAAGGUGGCAAUGGUGGCUUGUGGAGAUGCCUUCACUAUAGCCAUUGGGGCAGAAGGUGAGGUGUACUCCUGGGGCAAAGGGGCCCGAGGUCGACUGGGAAGGAGAGAUGAGGAUGCAGGAUUCCCUCGGCCAGUGCAGCUGGACGAGACGCACCCCUACACUGUAACCUCUGUGUCCUCUUGCCAUGGAAACACUCUCCUGGCUGUUAGACCGGUCACAGAUGAGCCAGUCCCCCCUUGA